GCAUUGUCGUCGGCAGCCCGCGGCGGGGGGCAGCGACCGGAGACUGGCCUCAGUCCAGCGACCGCGCGCUGUUUCCCCGCGCAUGAGUGAAGAACCUGUGUGCCCGGCCCCAGAGCCACGCGUUUGCUCUCGUUGACUCUAUGGACUCGCCUUUAGCCCCGUCUUCACAUUUCAUUUGGAGAAGAAACCAUGCAGGCAUUUCUAAAAGGCACAUCUGGCAGUACCAAACCUCAGUUCACCAAGGACCGGGCAGUAUCUGCCAGUGCAGGAAGCAGUGGAGAAACCAAGAAAACCAAACCGGUUCCUUGGGUGGAAAAAUAUCGUCCAAAGUGUGUGGAUGAAGUUGCUUUCCAGGAAGAAGUGGUUGCAGUGCUUAAAAAGUCUUUAGAAGGAGCUGAUCUUCCUAAUCUCUUAUUCUAUGGGCCACCCGGAACUGGCAAAACAUCCACAAUUUUGGCAGCAGCUAGAGAACUCUUUGGGCCUGAACUCUUUCGAUUAAGGGUUCUUGAGUUAAAUGCAUCUGAUGAACGUGGGAUACAAGUAGUCCGAGAGAAAGUGAAAAACUUUGCUCAGUUAACUGUGUCAGGAAGUCGUUCAGAUGGGAAGCCAUGUCCUCCCUUUAAGAUUGUAAUUCUGGAUGAAGCAGAUUCUAUGACCUCAGCUGCUCAGGCAGCUUUAAGACGUACCAUGGAAAAAGAGUCUAAGACAACCAGAUUCUGCCUCAUCUGUAACUAUGUCAGUCGAAUAAUUGAACCCCUCACUUCUAGAUGUUCAAAGUUCCGCUUCAAGCCUCUGUCAGAUGAAAUUCAGCAGAAGCGAUUACUGGAUAUUGCUGAAAAGGAAAAUGUCAAAAUUAGCCAUGAGGGAAUAGCUUAUCUUGUUAAAGUAUCAGAGGGAGAUCUCCGGAAAGCCAUUACAUUUCUUCAAAGUGCUACUCGACUAACAGGUGGGAAGGAAGUCAUGGAAGAUGUAAUCACAGACAUUGCUGGGGUAAUACCAGCUAUAACCAUUGAUGGAAUACUCACUGCAUGUCACAGUGGCUCUUUUGACAAACUAGAAGCUGUGGUAAAGGACCUAAUAGAUGAAGGACAUGCAGCUAUUCAGCUUGUUAAUCAACUUCAUGAUGUGGUUGUAGAAAAUGACAAUCUUUCUGAUAAACAGAAGUCCAUUAUUACAGAAAAACUUGCUGAAGUGGAUAAAUGUUUAGCAGAUGGUGCGGAUGAACACCUGCAGUUGAUGAGCCUUUGUGCAACUGUGAUGCAGCAGCUGACUCAGAACUGUUGAAGACAGGAACUCUGACAAUAACUUGUCUGUUACGACUUUUUGAUAACAAAUAAAUGACAAAAAACCUAUAAA